ACGUCCCGAUUCCACGUGAAAAUGGCGAGCGUUGCGCGGUUGAAGCUCUCAGCACUCAGAAACGGAUUGUCUUCGGACAUACUUUAAAGACACUGUAAGGGGCGGCACCAUCACUUUGAGGGGCGCCACGGAUAUUUGAGAGACGGCACCACUUAAUGGACGGGCGCUACAGAAAAUUUGUCUGCGUUUGGUGCCCUGGUGAACAGUGACGCUGCGUUUGUUGUCGGCGUUGGCGACACUAGCGGACGAUGGCCGGGGCUGCGGAUGACGAGGAGCACGCCUACCGGCAGCAGAUGCGCCUCGUCGAGCAGUGGAGGGACAGAGCCGACACGCGUUUCCUGCGCUACGGCGCGCUGAGCCUGUCGGUGCUGACGGCCGCCUGCGGCCUGGCGGUGAGCGCCCACUACCGGUCGGCGCUGCGGCUGCGCUCGCACGGCCUGCUCACCUCGCUGGCGCCCGUCAUGGCCAUCCCGGCGGCCAGCGCCGGCGUCAGCCACCACGCCUUCAUCGUGCGCGACCUGCUCCUCUUCGAGACGGCCUGUCCGGUGUGCCUGAACGUGCGCGCCGUCGGCAUCCAGCUGGGCUUCUCGGUGUUGCUGCCAGUCGUCAUGGGCACCAUCUCCAACUUCCACCUGGCCGAGCAGAAGAUGACGUACGCGCUGCCGCCGCUGGCGCACGACCGGCGCGCCUGGGCGGCCGCCUGGCGGCGCCUGUCGCGCCCGCUGGCCCGGCCGCUGGCGCUGCUCGCCGCGCUGAACGCCGCCUGCGCCGCGUUCGUCACCCACCGGGAGGCCACAGAGUUCUACUCGCUGCUGGAGAAACACGACCGCGAGCAGCGCUGGAAGCGGCUCAACGCCGAUCGCGGCCGCCCGCCGGCACACCCGCAAUGAGUUACAUAGUUCUCUAGCUGCUUGUUUUGAAUGAUACUUAUUGUUAUGGGUAAUAUAUGUAUGUACUUCUGCGUGAA